UAACGCGCGCCAAACCGCCGUUUAUUUGAGCGUCGGCAUUGCAAGUGAACGGAACAACGGGUCAUUCAAUAAACGUAGCAAAAGGAGAAUAAAAAAUUAACAGUUAAACGUAGCGCAGCCGUCAUUAAUGAAUUUCAUCAUGUUGGAUAUAAAAAACUGCUUGAAGAUCAGCUAUCAGGGCGAAGUGAGUUUCAUCAUCUGCGAAGCGGGCAGCAACUAUGAACAAAUCAUUACUCAAGCCUGUGCGCGUUUCCACAUACCCGAGACACAGCGAGCCGGCCUAAUGCUUACCAAUGGCCAGGGCUAUGAAUUCGAAAAGCAUAUAUUGGAGUAUUUUCUGCUGUUAUUUCCCUGUCCGGAGCUACUGUUCCAGCUGCGCGUCAACUGGCAAAAGCUGCGUCGUGCCCUAGUCGAACCCGUUAAGCGCAGGCGCUCGACGGGUGACCAAGUCGAGACAGAGGCACGAUCUGAAGCUAAUGAUGGCUCGGCUGAAUAUGUGGCGGUGCCUGUUCAUCGUCAGAAUUGUUUUAUCGGCGCACUGCCUGGCAGCGCUCUGGCUACUGCGGCUCGUCAACAAAAUUACUAUCUCCAGCAGCGGCAACAACAACAAACGACAUCAGGGACGUUGCACCAACUCCGGCCGGAAACAUCACAGCCACAUUCAGAGCCCAAACGACUGCGUUUUCACCUAACAACUAAACAACAGCGACGAUCGGCUCCAAACGCUGGCCCCACUGCGUCCCUGCUAACAGCAAAACGCUCCAUACGCAUCUAAACUUAUGGAGCAACUAGUCUGUCCCACUAACCAGGACGAAACUGUAUAUACAUUUUUUUUUCAUUUAACAUUAAGGUUGGACCGGAAGUCCUAGCAUAGUCAUAGCAAAAGGGAUUGAACAAUAAAAAUCCUGUUACAAAUCCUCAAAUAUAAU